AUGCCAAGACCCAACUUGACUGCGGUGACAGAGUUUACCUUUGAAGGUUUUUCCAUUUUUGGGUGGCAGCACAGACUCAUUCUCUUUGUGGUCUUUCUGGUCUUGUACCUGCUGACCCUCGCCAGCAAUGCCAUCAUCUUGACGGUUAUCCGCCUUAACCGUCAACUUCACACACCCAUGUACUUCUUCCUGAGCGUGCUGUCCCUCUCGGAGACCUGUUAUACAGUGGCCAUCAUCCCCCAGAUGCUGUCCAGUCUCCUCAGCCCCCAACGAGCCAUCUCCAUUCCAGACUGUGCCACUCAGCUCUUCUUCUAUCUCACCUUCGGCAUCAACAACUGCUUCCUGCUCACAACGAUGGGGUAUGACCGCUACGUGGCCAUCUGCAACCCCCUGCGGUAUUCAGUCAUCAUGGGCAAAAGGACUUGCCUACAACUGGCAAGUGGCUCCUGGAGCAUUGGCCUAAGCACGGCCAUCAUUCAGGUGUCUUCUGUGUUUAGUCUGCCCUUCUGUGAUGCCAGCAUCAUCUCCCACUUCUUCUGUGACAUCCGGCCCCUGAUGAAGCUGGCCUGUGCUGACACGACCAUCAAAGAAUUUGUCACAUUGCUUAUCAGUCUGUGUGUUCUUGUUCUGCCCAUGGUGCUGAUCUUCAUCUCCUACGUCCUGAUUGUCUCCACCAUCCUCAAGAUGGCCUCAGCUGAGGGCCGGAAGAAGGCUUUUGCCACCUGCGCCUCUCACCUCACGGUGGUCAUCGUCCACUAUGGCUGCACCUCCUUCAUCUACCUAAAACCCAAAUCCCAAAAUUCCCUGCAAGACAGACUCAUCUCUGUGACCUACACGGUCAUCACACCCCUACUAAACCCUGUUGUGUACAGCCUGAGGAACAAAGAGGUCAAGGAUGCCUUGCUCAGAGCUUUGGGCAAAAAGCCUCUGAACAUCCCCUCCCCGCCCCCACUCAUUUCAGUUUACUCUAAUCCUCUGUCACUUAAACUAAACCAUGAGGUGCUGGAAGGCUGUGUCCUGCAUUUCCCUUGCUCCAAGCAACCAGCCCUGGGGCCUGGCACUGGCUGGUGCAUGAAGGAUGAAUGGACACAGACUUCGCACAGAGGCGUGGUCAAUGCCGCCUGCGACUUCCAAGCUGCCGACCCUCCUGCUAGAGCGUGUUUAUCCGCUGUCUGCUCAGCCUCCGCCUGUGACGGGCCAUCCCUCUCCAUCACCCUGCUCUUUCUGCACCUGCAGACCAUGGCCGCCUCCAGCCCGGCUCUCCUGCUUUAUGCACCUUCUGUUCUUCUCCAUUUCAGAUUUUGCAAGCACUCCAUGGAGGGAGGGAACCACACUCUCAUAAUUGAGUUUGUCUUCCAGGGUUUCUCCAGCUUCCGUGAGCACCAGCUCACGCUUUUUGUCGUGUUCCUUGCACUGUACAUCUUAACCCUGGCUGGCAAUGUGGUCAUUGUGACCAUCAUCCGAACCGACCGCCACCUGCACACGCCCAUGUACUUCUUCCUGAGCAUGCUGUCCUCCUCAGAGACGGUAUAUACACUGGUCAUUCUCCCAAGGAUGCUCUCCAGUCUUGUAGGUAUGAACCAGUCCAUCUCACGGGCAGGCUGUGCCACCCAGAUGUUCUUUUUUGUAACCUUCGGCAUCACUAACUGCUUCCUUCUCACGGCCAUGGGCUUUGACCGCUAUGUGGCCAUCUGCAACCCCCUGAGAUACUCAGUCAUCAUGAACAAGAGAGAGUGUGUCCAGCUGGUGGGGGGCGCCUACAGCAUUGGGCUGAUCGUAGCCAUGACCCAAGUGAUAUCUGUGUUCAGGUUGCCUUUCUGUGCUACGAAAGUGGCCCAUUUCUUCUGUGACAUCCGACCUGUGAUGAAGCUCUCUUGCAUCGACACCUCGGUCAACGAGAUCCUGACUGUAAUCAUCAGUGUGCUGGUGCUCGUGGUUCCCAUGGGCCUGGUCUUCAUCUCCUACGUCCUCAUCAUCUCCACCAUCCUCAGGAUCCCCUCCGCCCAGGGCCGGAAGAAGGCCUUCGCCACCUGCGCUUCCCACCUCACGGUCGUCAUCGUCCACUAUGGCUGUGCCUCCAUCGCCUACCUCAAGCCCAAGUCAGAGAACACCAGGGACCAGGACCAGCUGAUUUCGGUGACCUACACCGUCAUCACCCCCCUGCUGAACCCGGUGGUGUACUCCCUGAGGAACAAGGAGGUCAAGGAUGCUCUGCUCCGUGCCAUGGGCAGGAAGCUUCCCUGA